AUGCCUAAACGACCAAAAAUUGUCUCCGUAUACAAUGACGUUGAUAAAGAAAACACUCAGCAUGUUGUCCUCCCAAUUGUUACUCGAGACGAGGCAUCUCAUAGAAGAAAAUUAAGAAAAUUAAUCUUGGAUAAUAAGAAAUCAAAUGUGGGAACUACAUCGUCAUCCCUCAAUAUUGAUUCCACUAAUAUUAAUUCCACUUCCACUCCGUGUGUUACAUCUGAUAACAUAGUCAACAAAAUUGGUUUUCACAAUUUUGAAUCCACUCCUGAGGUGACUAAUAAUGUUAAUUCAAGUCUUUCAAGUAUUGUAACAAGUAACAAUAUUUGUAGUACCAGCAAUCGUACAACGACAAAAAACGAUAUUGGGAAUAAUAUUUCAACUGGCAUCACAUCAACCACCUGCACAUCAUCAUUGAACCGUAAUUUGCAAAGGCUAUCAUCUGGCAAACGUAAGUUGGUAUCCAAAGCACGUAUUUCGUCUCCUAUACCAAUGAUCGACUUGACCACAGAUGAAACCGUAGUACGAGAUCCUUAUAAAGGUGUUUCUACAGAUUAUUUAGAUCACGGUGAUCAAGUUAUUACUUGUGAAGUUUGUUAUGCAAAGUUAUGGGACGCAGAGAAAGGAAGCGGAAGAAAAGAGGGUGGCAAAAUAUGUCAUAUGUUAUGUUGUGGUUAUGCCAAAGUUGUGUUACCGGAUUACAAAACCGCGACACCUUAUUAUAAAAGUCUAUUCAUGUCAAAUGACAAUGAAAGCAAGCACUUUUUGAAGAACAUUCGACGAUACAAUUCUAUGUUCGCGUUUACCUCAAUGGGUGGUAAGGUUGACCAAACCGUGAAUACUGGUAAUGCUCCUUUUUGCUACAGAAUUAGUGGUGAAAAUUACCAUUCUAUUGGUAGUCUUGUGCCACCAAACGGAGUGAAGCCUAAAUUUUGUCAGUUAUACAUAUACGAUACUGAAAAUGAGUUGGCAAACAGGACUUCAGACAAUGCUUCCUCAUCAUCCACUUCAGAUGAAACCGAUAAUAAGCUGAUACAACAAAUCAAAGCAAUGUUUGAUGCCGAAAAUGUGCUUGUGAAAAUUUAUAGGAUGGUUAGAGAUUGCUUCCAACAAAAUCCUUAUACCACUUUAAAGCUUCGCCUUAUUGGCAAAAGAGAACAAGAUGGUCGGACUUAUAACUUACCUACUUCCUCAGAGGUUGCUGCUCUUAUUGUUGGAGAUAUCGAUAACGCACUUGAGAAAAGAGAUAUCGUUGUCGAGACACAAACAGGUUCAUUAAAAAGAAUAAGUGAAUUGCAUCCAUCCUAUCUUGCACUUCAGUAUCCUAUUUUGUUCCCAUAUGGAGACGACGGUUACAGAAUUGACAUACCACAUAGGGGUGUCAUUGAUGUUACUAACAAGAAACGUCCGAAUUGUACAAUGAGAGAGUUUUUUGCGUAUCGUGUACAAGAUCGUAGUAACCAGUUUUCAUUGAUUCUAAAUUCUCGACGCUUAUUCCAACAGUUUUUGGUUGAUGCUUAUACGAUGAUUGAGAGCGAGCGACUUAACUUUAUAAGAUUUCAGCAACAAGAUCUCAGGUCUGAUACAUAUGAGAAUAUCCGGAAACUAAGAUAUAACGGCCAACAAGAUUUGUCUAAGGUUGGAAAACGUAUUUUCCUUCCAUCUUCCUUUACAGGCGGGUCACGAUAUAUGAUGCAAAACUAUCUUGACGCAAUGGCAAUUUGUAAAUGGUAUGGUUAUCCAGACUUUUUUAUAACCAUUACCUGCAAUCCCAAAUGGCCGGAGGUUCAAAGGUUUCUUAAGGACACAAAUCUUAAUCCGGAGGAUAGGCCUGAUAUUUUAUCUCGAAUUUUUAAAAUAAAGCUGGAUGCCAUUUGUAAAGAUUUGAAAGACCGUGAUUUGUUUGGAAAAGCUUCUGCUGUUGUUUACACUAUUGAGUUUCAGAAGCGAGGAUUGCCUCAUGCACAUAUGUGCUUAUUCAUGGAGAAUGAUUACAAACUUCCAACUGUAGACCAUGUUGAUCAGUUUAUUUCUGCAGAAAUCCCUGAUUUAAACCAAGACCCGGAACUAUAUACGCUUGUGAAAGACCAUAUGAUUCACGGUCCAUGUGGUAAUGCUAGAAUGAGCUCUCCAUGUAUGUUAGACAAUAGAAGUGUUGUACCUUAUAACAAAAAGCUUUUGAAAAGAUAUCAGGCGCAUAUAAACGUUGAAUGGUGCAACCAAGCGGCGUCAAUAAAGUAUUUGUUCAAGUAUAUUAAUAAAGGUCCUGAUAGAGCAACAGUUGCUGUGGUUCCGAGCAACAAUGAAAACGAACAAGCAGAAAAUGAUGAAAUUAAAGAGUAUUAUGACUGUAGGUAUAUAUCUGCGUGUGAAGCGUCUUGGAGGAUUUUUUCUAAUGAAGUUAAUUAUAGGAGUCCUUCUGUUAUGCGUCUUCCUUUCCAUCUUCCUGGACAACAAACAGUUUGUUUCGGUCCAGAUGAAGAUAUUAAUCAAGUGCUAAACAAACCAUCUGUGAACUCAUCAAUGUUUUAG